AUGACACUCUACUUGCCCCCCGCAUAUGAAGCUGUAAGAUAUCUGAACAGUGAUAUUUAUGGGAUAAGCUACUUGGUAAGAGAUAGAAAUCUUGAUCUGUCUGCCACGUGUCGAAUCGUCAGCGAGGCAGAUGUUGGCCGUGGGCGGUAUGCUCUCAUUCGGGAUUUGGCGAGGCAAGCCCACCGCUUAGAUCAUGAAAGCAUAACACCCUUACUGGAGGCAUUUGUAGAUGACGAACAAGAGUGUAUAUUUCUUAUAUCUAGGGGAGCAGGGCAAUCUCUCUAUGAAUACAGUGAGGAGCUAUGUUUUCUCCAAGUGAAUCUGGAAGAGGAGGUGAUCAUAACAAUAUUGGUUGAGCUAAUUAACGCUAUUCUUUACGUAUAUUCAACGAACCGCAAAACCGACUUCACAGACGCACUAGCAAGCAACCUACCAUCAACUGGGUUGGACCCUCUCUGCAUUAGACUAAGCAGCAAGGGGCGUGCAUUAGUGGACUAUUCAGCCUUCGCAGUCAAGCUUGCUGCUCAACGACAUUCGGCAUUUACUAUGGCAUACCUCUGUCCAGAAGUGUUACACAGUCGACACAGCGGAGAAGACCGUGCACGCCUAAACGUGUCUCCGCUCAAAAUGCUUGCCUACAAUGUCGGUCGCUUAUGUUGCGAGCUAUGCUUUGCAGGUUCUAAGUGCAAGGCUGUCAAAGGAGAGUAUGACACUGCAUACAUGUUAAAGAGUAUUAUAAAGGAAAACGCGUAUUCUAAAGACCUUGUACGCGUGCUCACGUGGCUCACUAAUCCUUGCAAUAACUCACGGCCGUACCUAGAUGAGGUCCUGGCUCAUCCGUUUAUAUUUGGUUUCAUGGUUAAAUCGGGCUCCAGAGAGAACGAAAGAGUGUUCAGAAACGCCUUAGGAUCAACGCAGCUCAUACUAUCUGCCAAUAUGAACAAUGUGGAGUACGUCCGUGCGUUGGUGGACAAACAGAAGCGCUUGACUAACUACGACGGGGCCACUGCACUCAUGGCGGCCGCCGUUCUCGGCAAUAUAGAGGUUCUGAAGAUCCUUAUUCCCCACGAGUUCGGCAUGAGGAUGAUUACUGGAGACUCAUUGAAUGGUGCCACAGCCCUGAUCCUCGCCGCUCGCAAUGGUCAGACAGAAGCAUGUAAGCUGCUAGCACCACACGAAGCAAAGCUUAAGAAGCGUGACGGCUUCACUGCACUCAUGGAAGCAACCGUGCGUGGACACAGUUCUGCUGCUGAUGUUCUGAUGAAGUAUGAGGCUAAAUCAGUAAUCCAACUCGAUGAUCUAAGCAAUCCUAAAAAUGGGACCACGGCUUUAAUGCUUGCGUGCGAAUUCCACCAACUCCACAUAGCCAACAGUCUAAUUCAGUAUGAAGCGGGGAUGAGAGACAGCUCAGGAUACACCGCUCUCCAUAGAGCCGCGGCUUUGGGAUUAGUAUCUGCAGUUAAGCUUUUGAUCACAACGAAGGAGUGCGGCCUUCGAGACCCCAAAGGGCAGACCGCGCUCAUGUUCGCUGCGCAAUAUGGGCACUCUAAGUGUGUAGAGCUCCUACGCAAAGAGAAGGAGGCAGGACUCGUGACUGAUAAGGGCUGGUCUGCUCUGAUGUCUGCGAUAACAAAUGGGCACACAGAAGCAGCCAAACUCCUUAUUGACUACGAGGGACAUCUUACCCUAAAUAUGGGCUACACACCAUUAAUGUGUGCCGUAGAACAUAAACAGUAUGAGGUCAUCGAUCUGCUGAAGCACAGCCAGGCCAGAAAAACUAUCGCAGCUGAAAGUGAAGAGGACUCAUGGCACAACGGAGCUACUGCACUCAUGCUAGCAGCAUACAGCAAUGAUGCGGACGGCUGCAGAAAGCUAGUGGAGCUGGAAGAAGGUAUCCGUAACGCCGACGGAAUGACUGCUUCCAUGAUUGCGGCAAGCAACGACUCUGCGGCAGCCCUCUCCAUCCUCUGCAUGUCACAACGUGAAGCUGAGAGCAAGCUUAUCGGAGGCUCCAUAGACAACAGGACAUGCCUCAUGAUUGCAGCGUUAAGUAGAUCUCUGAGCUGCGUAAGGGUUCUAGCAGAGCAAAGGAUAGGGAUGGGGUGUCAGGAUGGCAAGGGAUCCACUGCACUUAUAAUGGCAGCCUUGUCUGGAUACGCAGACAUAUGCAAAGUCCUAGCACCGCUUGAGGCACGAAUACAAAGAAAGGAUGGCUUUACAGCCCUGAUGUCAGCAGCACAAGAGGGCCACAAGGAGUGUGUGUCUAUCUUGCUUUCAAAAGAAGGAGACGUCCACAAGCCCGGGGGCUGGACCGCAUUAAUGAGUGCAGCGUUGAAAAACAAGCCAGAAAUAGUGCAAAUCCUCUCUAAAGACAAGAGGCAGAUCAGACAGAAACGGGAAAAAGAUGGAAUAACGGCUCUAAUGAUAGCUGUCCAGUCUGGUCACAUAGAGUGCAUCCGGAUUCUGGCUCCGCUGGAGCGCAACCUCACAGACAAGAAGGGCAGGAAGUGCGAGGCAUAUGCUCGAACAGAGACCGUGCGGAGGAUCCUGGCUAAACUUCGGUAA